AUGGCUCGAAUGGCCCGACGUCCCGGCACUCUGCCGCUGGCCCUGGCCCUCGUCCUGCUGGCUGUGCGUUUUGGUCCGAGCUUUGUGCCCGGCACGGCCCCGACCCUCCGGGUCCAGGAAAGCCUUCGGCCUCAGCGCGUCGUUCGUUUCGCAGACCCGGAGGACGAGGAGCACGUCACGGCCUUGGCGAAGCUGGAGGAGGAGAUUGAGGCGAAGAUCGAGGAGGCCGACAAAGCCGAGGACAAGACUCGCAUGUCCGAGCUCGCUCGCCUCCUGGUUCUGACCCGCACGAGCGCGGCCGCCACGGCUUGGCAGCUGACCACAGAGUUGAAGAAGGAGGUGGGAACCAGCGUUGCCGCCGCCAUCAGCGAGUUUGUUGGGAAGGAGGCCUACAACAUCGAGGAUGUCGCGACAAAGGUCGAGGAGAAGGUCACGGCCGCCGUGAAGAAGCUCGACAAUGUCUACCUCACCACCGACGCGGCCAAGGUGGCACCCGAAGGGAGCGACCCGAUCAUCCUUUCCCAGGUGGUAAAGCCAGUGGCCGGCCAAAUCAAGGAAGGUGCCAAGGAGGCCGCAUUGGCCUUCACAGGCAAGGAGGAGUACAAGUUCGGGGAUGUCAGCAAGGAAGCCGCGGCGCGUGCGAAGACUGCAGUGGCCACCCUCUUAGGCAAGGAGGAGUAUGAGUUCGGGGAUGUGACGAAAGCCGCAGUGAACAAAGCCAUGGACAAGAUUGCGGACUGGACGGGCAAGGGAGAGUACAAGUUCGGGGACAUCACCAAGACCCUGCUCCGCAAGACCCUGAACUACCUGGAGAAGGACGACUGA